AAACCAUUGCGAAUUGGAGUGCCAAAUAGAGCAAGUUUUGUUGAAUUUGUUACAGAGUUGAAUGAUAGCCAUACAGUCCAAGGUUACUGUAUUGAUGUGUUCACUGAAGCACGGAAGUUAGUCCCCUAUGAUAUUCCUUACAGAUUUGAACCUUUUGGGGAUGGUCUUUCCAAUCCCAGUUAUGAUGAGCUUGUGAAGAUGGUUGCAGAAAACGUAUUUGAUGCAGCUGUUGGGGACAUUGCAAUUGUGAAAAACCGGACAUUGAUUGUAGACUUUUCUCAGCCCUAUGCUACCACCGGGCUAGUGAUAGUGGCACCAAUAGAUAAUUCAAAGUCAAAUGCUUGGGUGUUUCUUAAACCCUUUACAUGGGAGAUGUGGUGUGUCACUGCAGCUUUCUUUGUGAUGAUUGCAGUGGUUAUAUGGACUCUUGAGCAUCGAGUCAACAAAGAUUUUCGAGGUCCCCCUAAGAGGCAGCUCGUUACAAUGUUUCUGUUCAGCUUCUCAACACUUUUUAAGAAAAAUCAAGAAGAUACUGUGAGCCCACUUGGGCGAAUGGUGAUGGUGGUGUGGCUUUUUCUAUUGAUGGUGAUCACUUCAAGCUAUACUGCAAACUUGACUUCAAUCCUUACAGUUCAGCAGCUUUCAUCACCCAUCACUGGAAUUGAUAGUUUGAUUGCAAGCAAUUGGCCUAUAGGGUACCAAGUAGGGUCAUUUGCUUAUAGCUAUCUGACUGAAAGCCUGUACAUUCCUAGGUCAAGACUUGUUCAACUAGGCUCCCCAGAGGAGUAUGAAAAAGCACUGCGGCAAGGGCCGUAUGAUGGAGGGGUGGGAGCUAUCAUAGAUGAGCUUACUUAUAUUGAAUUAUUUCUUUCAAGGCAAACUGAUUUCGGAAUUAUUGGGCAAACAUUUACCAGGAGUGGAUGGGGAUUUGCUUUCCAAAGAGAUUCUCCCCUUGCUAUUGACAUGUCCACUGCAAUCUUGAAACUUUCUGAGAGUGGAGAGCUUCAGAAGAUCCAUGAGAAAUGGUUCUGUAAGAUGGGUUGUCCUAGUGAGAAGAAUCUGGAGUCUGAGCCUAACCAACUCCACUUGAUCAGCUUCUGGGGUCUAUAUCUACUAUGUGGCGUCUUCACUAUCUCUGCGCUUCUCAUCUUUCUGCUAAGGGUGGUUCUCCAAUUUGUCCGGUACAAAAAACGGCAAGCAGUUAUUCCCUCUACUUUAUCCUCCUCAAGCUCAUGGAGUUCUCGAUUUUCUGAGUCCAUAUACAACUUUGUUGACUUCAUUGAUGAGAAGGAAGAAGCUAUCAAAAGAAUGUUUAUUCAUGGUGGCAAUCCUCAAGGUCAGGCUACCUGAUCAAUACAUAGAUGUGAAAGAAUAAGCUUAGUUAUGUUAGUUCAACUGAGAAUUCGGAUAGUUAACAGAGAAUUUUUAUUUGAUUUUAUCAUUUAAGAUAUUACAAACAAAUUCAUAGAGCAUGUAUAUACAAUAUAUCACUUUCUUCCCUUAAUGCUUCAAUGAAAAUACUCUUCUUAUGGUAGCUAUGGGCAGCUUUGAA